CAACUACACAUGUUAGACGGGUGUGUAUGAAAUUCCUAGAAAUGGGGUGAUCAAGCCUGAUCUUGCAUGCAGCGCGGCGGUGAGGCAGUCCAUGCGCUGGGUUGUGUAACCUGACAGUCAACACAGAUACGUUCAUCUGGGGUUUACACAGGCGGACAAGACGAACAACUUUGAAAUAUGUUGUCGGAUGUGUCGUCGUCGACCUCGGACGAGUCGGAUGAGGAAGUCAAGGAUAAAAGUAGAAAGCCCACCCCGCCCCCAGGACCAGACAUACACAAGUUGGCCAGACAAGGCGACAUGGAAGGUCUGAUGGAUGCCUUCAAGGAAGGAUUGGGACGGAAUGUUGACGAGAAAGAUGAAAAAGGCUUCACUCCUCUGCAGUAUGCAGUCAUGUACAACCAUGUUAAGGUCGUCAACUACCUGAUCAACACUCGCUCUGGCGAGGAGGCUGCAGACCACCUAAUACAGGACCAAUACGGCCUCUCUCUCGCUCACUAUGCUGCCAAGAGCGUCAGAGGAACCACCAGAAAUGCCCCCGGCGUUCGGGAAUCUGAUAGCGACCAGAACUCAUCUGUGUCGAGUGAUGACAGGCAGACUUGUCUAGAGCUUCUCAUAGAGAGGGAUAGCAGACAAGGCGCCGACGAGAUGGAGCUCAUCUACAUGCCAGAACACGAGCACAAACAGACACCUCUGCAUUUUGCUGUGAUGUCAGGGAGUAUUGACAGCGUCCACACUCUGAUCGACAAGGGCAAAGUCAAACUCAUAAAUAAGAAAGACAAUCACGGCAUGACCCCGAUACACGUCGCCGCAACGUAUCGCCAGGUGGACAUCAUGAAAUAUCUGAUUGAAGAGGGAGCCGAGGUUGAUGAUCAGGACAAGGUGGACGAGUCCACACCACUGCACUAUGCAUGCUCAACUGGGACAGGAGCUGGAGUUGAAAUGGUUGAUCUGCUCCUUCAAAGAGAAAACAGCAAGAAGAUGAUGGAAACGAAGGACGCUGGAGGCAAUACGUGUCUUCACAUCGCUACUGAAAACGGACAUGAGGAAAUAAUCCAAAAACUACUUGCUAAUGGGGCUGAUGUUUCGGUGGACCGGAACGACGGCAUGUAUCCAUUACACCUUGCCGUCAUAUCAGGAAAUCUGAAGAUUGUGAAAGCUUUCCUUACAAACACUAAGAAGUCCAGCUUCGAGAACAAGGCCCAAUCAACGCCGCUUCACCUGGCUGCGCAGUACAAUCACCUGGAGAUUGCAGAAUACCUGCUGGAAGAACUGCAAGACCUUGUGACUAAACAGGACAACGACAACAACACACCACUACACAUAGCUGCCUUAUACAACCACUCCAGAAUUGUGAAACUGCUGAUGGAGAACGGGGGCGAGAUAGAUGCUAAGAACCUCAAGGGUAGGAUACCCUUACACGGAGCCGCUAAAAUGGGGCACAUCGAAUCAUUGGACGUCCUGUUGGACCCUGGGGUGUUGGCCAAAGGGAAAAAGUUCAUGAGGAUGAAGAAGCAAAACAGGGACACCAUAGCUCAGAAACUUCAGUAUGUUGUGGAGCAAGGAAGCAACUACGAGGACUCCAAAGCUCGUGGUGUUAUUGAAGAAAUCAUUGGAAAACUGGAACACGAGGAUAAGACUGUCCACGACAGGAUUCCAUCACAUAGGAUCUUCCGAAUCGUACAAGCCUUGAAGGUUGCAAGGAAGCCGUCACAUGGUGAAACCGUGGAUAGACCAGCCAACUCGAUCAGGUCAUCGAAGGUCGAACCGGCCGAUAUAGUGGUACAUAGAGACUCUUAUCAAUGUACUGAGACUAAAAACAACGUGAAGCUAACUGCAGCUAAGAAGCAACACGGGCCAAAAGCGCGGGUAAAUCAGGUGCACGCCGAGACGGAUAAGGACUCCAAACGUGACGUUGAUGAGUUCCUGAAACUGAUCUACACAGACAACAUCAUCAACACCGAGGACAACUUCGGCAACACGGCCCUGCACCUGGCGGCCCAGAACGGACACACGGACUUUGUGCAGAAGAUGCUGGAGAAACAUAAGGUGGAACAUGGUAGAAAGAACGAUGCCGAGAAAACAGCUCUACACCUCGCAGCAGAACAUGGGCACAGACAAACUGUAGAGGUCAUUCUCAAGGUAGACAAGCACGGGCUGUUUAAAGAGGAGCAAUGGCGCAACUCCCCGCUACACUUGGCCGUUAAGGGCGGUCACACUGAAACCGCUAAACUUCUCAUAAAGAAUGGGGCUGAUAUCAACCAAAUUAACGAGGACAAAAUGACCCCUCUUGACCUGGCCGCACAGCACGGCGAGUUGGAGAUCUGCGCCAUACUGGUGAAACAAGAGUCACAGUCGCACAGUGGUGUCUCUCCACUUCAUCUAGCCUGCAUGAAAGGUCAUCUCAAGGUGGUCAAGCUGUUGCUUGGGAAGUCGGCGGAUGUGACGUGUAGGUGCGGGGGCAUGGACACGGACAAGGGUCUAAACUGUCUCGACUUAGCUAUCAAAUACGGUCACAAACAUGUCGCUCGUUACAUCUUGAAUCACAAGUAUUGGAAGGAGGCCUUGCGUAACAGCGUCACCGUGAAGAAGGGCAACAGGUUUUCCAAGAAGAUAGUCACGCCAAUGCGGAGACUGAUCCGCAAGAUGCCGGAUUUGGCCUACGAGGUGUUAGACAGAUGUGUAACGACCAAAAUCAAGAAGGAAACAGGCAAAGACCAAGAGAAAGGGAAAGAGAAAACGAAAGGGAAAGCGAAAGGGAAAGCGAAAGGGAAAGAGCAAGAGAAAGGCAAAGACCAAGGGGAAAGUAAAGAGCAAGAGAAAGGGAAAACUCGAUACAGCUAUAAUUUUGAAUACAUUGAUGACCUGUAUGAGGACUGGGCAUUUCGAGAAAAGAAGAAGAAGAACAGCAAUGGGAAAGACCCGGAAGAACGUAAAAAAGAUCCAUACACCAACAAGGCCAGUGUAAUCAAAAAGAACCAUCCAUUAUCUAUCAUGGUGGAGUGUAACAGGGACGAGCUGCUGCAGCAUCCUUUGGUCAGCAAACUCAUCAAGAGGAAGUGGUGGCAUUUUGGGGCCUACUACUAUCUGCUUAACUUCAUCGUCCAUCUUAUCUUCGUCUCCAUGGUCACCAGAUACAUGCUCCAGUCUACCCAUCCCCGCAACUUCACCGAAACUGAAUCACAGGCAAUCAACGAAAAUAUCUGUGACAAGAGCAUCAGCCCAGCUCUUGUGGUUGAGAAGAUCAUCCUGUACGUUCUCAUGGCCUUAGGUGUAGUGUUUGAGGUACUGCAGAUGUACAAUGUGAGGACAGCAUAUUUGUACGAUCUGGAAAAUUACGCUGAGUGGGUGGCCUACAUCUGCACGUUUCUCCUUCUGCUGGAGUUCACUGACUGCACAUCAAACACAGGCUACAGACAGCCAUGGCAGUGGUCUCUGGGCGCUUUUGCUGUUUUCUUUUCCUGGAUUGACCUGGUGCUGUACCUCAAGGCCUUCACGUCCCUUGGUCUGUAUGUCGUCAUGUUCCAGCUGGUCUGCUGGACUUUCCUCAAGGUCUUUGUGGUCUUCUUCUCACUCAUACUGGCUUUCAGCCUCGGAUUCCACAUUUUGUUACAAAAUCAGAUUCCAUUUAGAGACGUGGCCAACUCCAUCUUGAAAACAUCCGUCAUGUUUAUUGGGGAGAUGGAUUAUAGUGACAUCUUCCAUGCUGGUCUCACUGACGCCACUUCAACAGACACCACCAACUUGCUGUAUCCAGCAGCAACGUCCGUUCUCUUCACCACCUUCCUCACAUUGGCCUGUAUUGUCUUGAUGAACUUACUGGUCGGUCUGGCUGUUGAUGAUAUUAAGGGAAUCCUACGACGAGCAGCCUUCAAGCAGACAGCAUUACAUAUUGAAUUAGUCCUGGACGUAGAGAAGGUUUUGAACAACAAAAUAAGAGCAAAGGUGUACAAGAAGAGAAACAAGAUCAAGCAAACCAAGCCUUUCUGGCCGUGGAAAAUGUUAAUGGACUUACCGAUGUGGUGGUGGAACCAGAAAGUCGAGAAGGAGGAUAACUCUGUGUUGAAAUCCGUCGACGAGCUUACACGACAACAGAAGCGCUUAGAGAGUCUGAUUGUGACGAUGAAUAAUGACAUGAUGGUCCUUCUCAAACAAAAUGAUUCGGAUGUACAUCGUACUGCCAGUGUUAGCAAUGGCCAGAGAAGAGCCUAGAAUACCUACACAGAUAACACUCCGUUCUACAAACGGAACACUGUACACUGAUCCCCACUGAGGAAUCACUCUGUACCAUUCAACACUGCUCCUUGUCGAGAAUACCAGACACCAUGGUAUACUACAUCGGUGUCUGUGACACUGUAUAGUGGCUCGAGCUUAGUGAUGAUAAUCGUAAUAAAUCCAUAUAUACUGAGAGAAACAAAUGACAGACUACAGAAAAAGUAAAGCGUUCCUUUAUAUAUACUGAGAGAAACAAAUAAAGGGUCACAGGAAAUUCAAAGGUUCCUUUAAUAUUUUCCAGUUAUCGUCACCAGCUUUGUAUAGCUGUGAUGAUGAAAACUGGAAAGUAAUAAAGGAACGCUUGAGUUUUCCUGUGAUCCUUUAUUUGUUUCUCUUAGUUUAUAUUGUCAACGAAUCCAUUGACAAAGUUAAAGCAGUGGCCAGUCUCUACAUCCCCUGUUGACAUACUGAGUUCCUUGCAGUCAGGCUCCGCCCCAUCACUAUAUCUACGUUGUAUGUAUUUGUCUUCUCUCCCUUUGUUACCACCGGCUUCCUUGUUACACGAUUAUCUGUGUACAGUAAACACAUUGUGUAAUUAUGUUAGCCAGUACAGGUACCUUCAAACGGUAAUUCAGUUCGAUACAAAAACAGAAUAUUUAUCAGAACAGAACAGAACAAGUUUAUUCAUAAGGAGUUGAGCUCACAGAGCCCCUCGUCAUCGUUACACAGUACAUUUUACAUUCGGAUUAUGGAGGCAGGACAUUUCAAAAUUAGCUUUUAAUAUAAGCUUUGCUUUAUGAAUUUAGCUAGAUACAACUGAGAAAUGUUAUUAGAGGUUUGAAACAAAUGAACAAAUUUGAAUCUUUAUGGACAUUCCCAAUAAAAUUGGUCAUGUAUUUUACUCUAUUUACAUGAUAUUUAGGGCAUACACAAAUGAAAUGAUAUUCAUUUUCGAUUGCUGGAAUACCUUGCUCAACGCAAAAGUCUCAUGAUCGCAAUGCCCUAUUUAAAUGUAAAUGUCUACCAACUUCUAUAUUUAACCUAUGACAUGAUAUUCUUAACGUGUAAUGUAACAGGACAGACUUCGAGGGACAUUGUUAAGAUACUGUUCAUAGGAAAAACUAUACUUAAUAUUUGAAUAUACAGCAAGUUUGGUGCUUUUAUCAAUUUUAUCACUUUUCCAUUUUUGUAAAACCCAUCAACCAAACGCUGCCUAAAUACAUUACAAAUUUUUUGUGAGUUUACACUAUGUGGAUUCAGCCGCACAAAACCAAAAACAUGUUUAUAUAGUACAUCCUUCACAAAAGAAGCCCAGUUAUUAGCACCUUUAGUACAAUUUUACACCAUUAUCUUAAAAGCUAACCCCAAAACUUUAUUGUUUGUAUUUGAUAAUUUGAAAAAGUACCACGGAACCCGUACAAAUCUGUUAAUGUAGAGAGGAUAUCUUCCUAAUUCUCCGUAGACUGCUUCUUUAGUAGCUUUUGAAUGAACUUUUACUGUUCUCUUGCAUACACUUAAGGUGUAGUCUCUCAAUGUCGCCGACGUAUGCUACUCCCCAGACUUCACAUCCAUAGUUCAUUGUACUGGAUACAGCUUGGUUUGCUGUAAAGUCACUUCUCCGUAUGUUAGCACAGAGACUAUUUAGGGCCUUUAAUCCUUUGCCUGCUAAUGGCUUUUGACAUACACUGGUUUGACAAUUAGAUGAUAUCAUGAUAUCAUCCUAAGUAGUUGAAAGUUUUCACCUUUUCAAAUUGUUUAUGUCCAAUUGACCAUUGAUGUGGAGUGGAUGAUUUCCUUCCUUUCUCGAAAAUCAUUAUUUUAGUUUUAUCAGCAUUUAUAGACAGUCCCCAUGUGCCACAAUACUUGUACAGUGAAUCUAAUAGAUUCUGUAAUCCUUUUGGUGUCCGAGACAAAAGUACUAUAUCGUCUGCAAAAAGAAUCAGGAAUAGAUUGAUACAAUCUAUUAUUAUUGCAUCAUUGUCGCAAUUCUUAGUUCCUGUUCUAAGUCCUCCAUGAAAAAUGAGAAUAGCAAAGGGGACGUAACUUCUCCUUGUUUUAUUCCAGCUCCAGUACUGAUGAAUUCGGAAAAGGUUGAGUUUACAUUACACAUGAUUCAAACUUCACAGCAAAUGGAUUUUAUUAUAGACCACAUUGUGCUUUUUAUUCCGUGUUUAAAUAAUUUACACCGUAAGCCAUUCCUAUACACGCUGUCAAAGGCUUUAUAUAAACCGACAAAUGAACAAAAUAAUUUCUCUUUCGUAUUCAUAAACCUGUGUGUAAUGGCUUGUAAGACGAAGAUCGCAUCCACAGUAGAAUGACCUUUCCUGAAUCCAAACUGUACAUCAGAUAUUGCUUGGUAUCCAUCAGCCCAGGUUGUCAGUCUCUUUGUCAGGACUGAAGUGAACAGUUUGGAGAAGCAGCUGUUCAGUGCACUCCUCUAUAAUUGCUGACAUCAUCUGUCCUUUCUUAUGUAUAGGGAUUAUCACGCCUUGUGUCCAUUUGUCAACACGUGGACAUCUAUCCCCUACUCACACGUGCCCCACAAAUGAGCAGGUCAGCCGAAGUUACGGAGACAGAAGGCGACCCCUUGGACACUUAUAGUUAACAACAACUCAUUGUUUUCUACUGACGGAAGGGCAACACGUAGCCCUUGAAAGUUGUUACAUAGAAUAAAGUAGUUGUUAUCCAUA